AUGGCUCCCUUGCAGCUGGCGGUGUUGUGGCGUCUCUCUGUCAUUUUUUUCCUCUCCUCCUUCCUUUUCUUUCUGGAUGUUUUUACCGUCAGCAGUGACCGCUGUCCUCCUGGUGACACUAACUCCUCCGAGUCUGACCUGUAUGACCUUCAGUCUGCUCCCUGGAACCAGAGCCGGACUCAGUCAGUGUGUGUAUGGGGAGGAUGGAUGUCUCAUGGUCAGACUCUCUACAUGACCGGACUUCUGCUUGGCUCCCUGUGUGGUGGAGCCUUGUCUGACUGGUAUGGGAGACGGGUGGUGCUCCUGGUGUGUGUGUCUGUCCAUGCAGUGUGUGGUGUCAUCCCUGCAGCUCUUCAUCACCCCCUCCUCUUCCUCACUCUGCGCUGUCUGACCGGGGUCUGCUGCUGCUGUAUAAACAUCUGUUCUUUCAGUCUAGGUGUUGAAUGGAGUCUGCCUCAGUACAGGGUGUGGCCCCCGGCCCUCCUCGCCUUCUCCUUCAGUCUGGGGAUGAUGGCUCUGGCUCCUGUCGCUUACGCCUGCUCCUCCUGGACUCAGCUCCACCUCGCUGUGGGCCUCCCUCAGGUCCUCACUCUACCAGUCUGCAUAUCCGUCCCAGAGUCUCCUCGCUGGCUGGCCCUGAAGCACAAAGCUAAAGUUUUGGAUUGUUACCGGAACCACAGCCCUGCAGAUAAACACUGUCUGGACCUGUUGUUAGACAGAGAUAAAACUGGCGUGAAAGAAGAUACUGAGCGAGGGGAGGAGCCAAGCCAUCCUAAAGGCCACACCUUCUGUGAUGUCAUCCUCCUGAGACAUCCCACUGUGCUUCUGCGCUUGGCAAUCAUGAGCUACCUGGGGUUGGUGUCGGCAUUGACCUAUUACGGCAUCUGUCUCAACAUCGGCUCCUUCGGUGUCAAUGUUUACGCCGCCCAGUUCUUCUCCGGCCUAUCAGAGGCGCCCUGCCUCCUUGUCCCGUUCCUAUUGGCUCGCUGGGGACGGCGACCAAUGAGCAUGCUUGCCCUGUUCCUGAGUGGAAUGGCCUGUCUCAUGUCACUUUUGGUUUCUCGUUUUUAUGACCAGCCCAUGUUAGUGAUGUCAUUGGCUUUGCUGGGAAAAUUCUGUAUGCUGACAACAGUCUUCGUCUCCCUGCUGUACGGCAUUGAAUUGUUUCCGACAAUGGUCAGGCAGAGAUGUGUAGCUUUGGUGAACCUGUGUUUCAGGAUUGGAUGUCUCUUCAACUCCCUGGUCAGUGCCACACAAGGAAUCCCAUUGGCAGCCAUGAUUGUGUACAGCUGUGGGCCAAUCAUCGGCUGUGGACUGUGUGUGUUUCUACCGGAGACCAGCGGGGAGCCUCUCCCCGAUUCUGUCGAGGACUGUGACAGACAGCCAACGCUCCGCCUACUGUCCCUGACCACCACCUGGAAGAGAUGGCUCUCUGUGGAUGACCAUGCUGCUAAACCAGAGGUCCCAUCAGGAGAGAAGGAGCUGGCCCAGACAGGAAAGGCGCUGUUAACAGAUACGCAAACACCGUGUACAUGAAUCACAUGCACCAUGCACACA